AUGUCAGAACAGACUAGCAUACAUACGGUCGACAUUGACAAAGUACUUCCGGGUGACCCAUGGGCGGAGUGUCGCGUGGACUCUGACCCCUCCACGCGCAGCGGCCUCGGGUUUUUCCAGAGGAUGGCCCCCAUGUCUCCGCUCGUGCUGGUUGUUUUGGUGCUUGCCCGUGUUGGUCAGCCAGAGGCGGCCGCGGACCCGUCGUAUGUUGCGGCCGUGUAUGAGCACAGAGUUGUCCUGAACCCAGAGCCCCGCGUGCCCGUGACCCGCCGCGAGGCCCUGCUGCACAUGCACCGGAACCUGGACGUGUACGAGCACGCGGCGGCCCGGGCCGCGCGACACGGUGCCCAGAUCCUGGUCUUUCCAGAGGACGGGAUUCAUGGUUUCAACUACACCCGUUCAUCCAUCUCUGGCUACCUGGAAACGGUUCCUGACCCUCACGAGGAGAGGUGGAACCCCUGUACGGAACCUGGGAGACACAACGACACAGAGGUUCUCCAAAGACUGAGCUGCAUGGCCCGUCGCCACGGCCUCUACCUGGUGGCCAACAUGGCCGACCUACAGCCCUGUCCCUUGACGACGGACCCCUCCUCCGUGUGUCCACCCGACGGACGCUGGCAGUUCAACACCAACGUGGUUUUCAGUUCCGACGGCCUGCUGGUGGCCCGCUACCACAAAAACAACCUCUACUUUGAGGAGGCUUUCGACACGCCUCCACAAACGGAGGUCGUUACAUUUGAGACGCCGUUUGCCGGGAGGUUCGGCCUCAUCAUCUGCUUUGACAUCCUGUUCAGGGACCCUACGGUCACCCUGGUGGAAAGGGGGGUGCGCCAGCUGAUCUUCCCCACAGCCUGGAUGAACCAGCUCCCCCUGCUGGACGCCGUCCAGUUCCAGUGGGCCUUCAGUCUGGGGGCCAACGUCUCUCUUCUGGCCGCCAACAUUCGGAACGACCGGCUCAUCAUGACGGGCAGCGGCAUCUUCAGCCCCGCUUCCGCCACCUACCACCACGCUGCCCGAGGAGAGCCGGAGGAGGGCCGGCUGCUGGUGGCCAGGGUGCCCGUCCUGGACCCGCUGUGGGCGGGGGGGGGCGGGGCCUCGGGGGGGCCCACCGGUUCUGGUUUCUGCCCCGCAGACGGCUGCGUUGGCCCUCGCCCCUCCUCAGCCGCCUCUUUGGAUCCCCCCCCCCAACAGGACAGCUUCAUCUCCUCCAUGAUGUACGACCCGUUUCGCUUCGUCCUCCUGGGCCGGGCGGGGGGGGAGGUGGGGGUGUGCGAUGGGGCCUUCUGCUGCCGCCUCCGCUACGAGUGGGAGUCGCCGGGCGGAGGAGUGGAGCUCUACGCUCUGGGGGCGUUUGCGGGGACGCACACGGUCAACGGGCGCUACGCCCUGCAGGUCUGCGCCGUGGUCCGCUGCGCCGCCUCAGAGCCCGGAUCCUGCGGACAGCAAGUGGAGGAGGCCGAGUCCAGGAUGGCCUUCACGCUGGAGGGGGUGUUUGACACCGGGUACGUGUACCCGACCGUUCUGGCCAGCCGUCACGUCCUGGAGCGUCCCGAGCAGCUGCGGAAAUCCGCGGAGGGGAGGGUGGUUCUGCAGCACUCCAACAUGACGGCGGGCCUCGUCACGGCCUGUCUGUACGGCAGAAUGUACCACAUGGACAGUGAGGGGGCUGCCCUGGAGUAG